UGUGCCGGGGUUGGGGAGGGUCAGCGCUGUGCGCCUGGCGGGACCCGUAGGCAGCUUCGGACGUCCAAGGACCCUAAUAGACGAUUUUAACCGCGGUCUCCAAUCACAGAUGAGAAAACUGAGUCCCGAGAGAGGGCGGCAUGGCCUGAGGUCGCUGCUACCAUGGAAAGUGCUUCUUCCGCCCCUAGGGAGAUGUGAGAGGGUGACGGGGUAAUCCCGAGGCCACAGCAGGCUGCAGUACGCAUUCGCCGAACCGGAGAGACACCUUUGACGCCCUUGGGCCGCCUGGCUCAAGCAGGAGCUAGCAUCCCCUCCCCAGUGUCUUGAAAUAGGCCCCAUCUAAUUAGAGUUGCGGUUUGUUGCUGAGCAAAGCUCAUCCGCUUCUCAGAAAGUGGGGUCAGAGUAGACCUGCUGCUGAGAGAAUCCAGGCUCUGCUGCUGCCCAGCUUGGAGGGCCCUCUGGGGAGAACCCUUCCCGGCCUCUGUUUACUGAUCUCUGCAAUGGGUGCAUUAGGGAGCAGUCCUCACUAGGGCACCCCAGACAGGGUCAUGUGUAGGGGAGUCUUAGUGGGCAUGGUGUCGGCAGUUUUCUGGGGUUGGGUUGAGGUUCUGAGAUUGGAUUGGGGAUGCUGUGUGACCGUGUCUUCAAGAGAAGAGACCCCCAAGAGAUACCCAGGGCGACUCUGCUGGAGUCUGGACUCAGCAGGGAGUUGCACAGGGUACCUGACUCUCACUCCUUGCUGCUGUCUUUGACUGUAUGGGCAGGAACUAGCAGGGCUGGCUUGGGCUCUGGCUCUAGAUACUGAGCCCUCAUGCCUUGCUGGGAUGCAGGUGGGGGUGAGUGGCAGGCUGCCCUCCUGCCAGGCUGGGUCAAGGCCACAGCAGUGUCCAGUGGCCAACCCCGACUGCUUAGUGUUUAUAAAACACAGUGUUCCUGCACCAGACCAUUCUGGACACAGCCAGACUUUGUCCCUAUCUGGCCCAAACUGCCCCAUUCCCCUGUGGGGGUGGGAUUGGGGCUGGCAGAGGGAGCAGCUCUGACUCAGCUGAUGGGAAUUGCAUCGCUAAGAGAAAUCUGGCUUACAUCUUGACUGCAGUGAUCAGGGCACAGUCCCUGGAACCACACACAACCCUGUCACUCUCCAGCUUAGCCUCUUGCACCUCAGUUUCUCUGUUUAUAAAGUGAAACUGAUGUGAGUGCUCACCCCAUAGGAUGUUGAGAAGAAUUAAAUGAGCACAGUAUCUGUCCCAGAAUCAGUGCUCCUGAUGGUGCCUAUUAUGUUUAUUCCCAUGACGAUGGUCUUAAUAUCUAGUUUCCUUGCCAUAGACUGGGGAUGAUAGAGCGUCCUGGGUUGUUGGAUUCUUUUUGAUGCUCCAGAAGAGUCUCCCUGAUGCUUCAGGAGCUCCUCGGCCCAGUGGCCAGCUGGGCUGGCACAGACUUCUGUUUGCCCAGUCCUCUGGGAUGGUCAGAGGCAGAACAGGAGUUGGGACCCUGGCUGCCUGACCCCAGAGCUCAUGCCUGGCACUUGGAGAGGUCCUGCUUCCAGAGGAGCCAGCCCUGAGUGCCCUGCACUCUAGGGCUUGGCAUCACUGGCUGGUGGGCUGGGCCACAUGGCCCGAAGCCUCAGGGGCUGAGCAUGUGGGAGGGAAACUUAGGGCACUCAGAGGCUCCCAAGCUCACCUCCCUCCUCCCUACAGUGGAAUCUUUUUUGUUUUGAAAUUUUUCUCUGUUCAGGCUUGCUGCUGGUUGCCCCAGGAGCCUGUCCUCCCUCCAUCAAGGUGACAUCACGCCUUUCCUCUGGCUUAUGUGAGUUAGAGGGAGGGCUGUGCCCUGCCCUCUGAUGAGGCCUGACCUUUUGUGCAAAGUCCAGCCAGUGAGUUCCUGGUGACAUGGUUGAGCUGAUGGCAGGGGUGAGGCAGAAGGGUGCAACAGGUGGCCUGUUGGCUGAGCACACCUGACCAGGAGCAUUGGCUCAGGGCCCGGCCUGGGCAGUACUUGGGAGCUAGUUAUACCCCAGAAUGCACAUUUUCUGGGGCCUGAGCUGUCCAGGGGUAGGGGACUCCUCCUGUGUGGGCGAUCCCUGGUGGGGUGGUUCUUGCACCCAGCUUACAAGCUGGGCAGUCUGGGCAGGAGGGCAUUAGCUGGUGUUGACGGGGAGCUGCUCUGUCCAGGCAGUGGCUGUGCUGGAGCAGAGGAGGGGGUUCUGCUUACAGUUGUAGGGUGGGGAACAGAGGUCCCACUUUACGCAUCAUGUGUAGGAUGAAGUGGCAGGGGUAUGGGGUGAUCUGGGACCUCAGCGGGCCCUAUCAACCCCUUACCUGCCUGGAUAGGGAGAGUUGGGGGUUCUUCAGGAUUGGCAGAGGCUCUUAGAACUCUUACCCUCUGAGGAAUGGAGGAAGCCCCCAUCACUGAAAGCCCAUCACUGAAAAUACCAAGAUUAGGUAUUUUCCCUGGGAAGGCACAGGUAACAGAGUGAGGUGAGAUGAGCUGCAGGGCCUGGUUCCCCCGGCCUGGGUGGGUUUCCAGUCUGUAGCUGCCUGGGCUGUUAGCUGUCUGGAGUGGCACUGGUCCUGGGUGUAAGCUCUCAGGGUGUCCAGAGUAUGGGAGCCAGGGAGGGCAGUUCCAGUCCAAGGGCUGUGCUGGGCCUGGGGCUGCCUUCCAUUCUGCUCUUCAUGCCCCUCCAGACCUUAGCCCUUCCUGCAGUGAAGUAGGGUCAUUGUUGGGCCUAGUGUCACCAUCCUUCUGGCUGGGCCUGGGAGAGAGGGCACUCUGGGCCAGGAUCACAGUCACAGGUAGUCACUGGUCACUUUUGGUUGCAAUGACUAGAGCCACAGACCUCCUGAGAUACUGUGUCUCUAUCAUCCCUUGACACCUGUGCUCACUGGAUGUUUUUAUCCCUGCUUUUCCCUGACCAUGCACGACACACCUGGCCCCUGGAGGACUCCCUGCCCUGGUUCUAGGGUGGUGGGCCUGUGACCCACUCCUUCUUGGUGGUACUCCCUGCACCUGCCCUGUGGCUCUCUGAGUGGGCUCCAGGACCUAGGUUGAGUGCUCCCUGAGGCAGGGCCUGGGUUCAUGUCUCUGCCCAGGCUUUGGGGGCUAUCAGGGAAGGAGUGUGGUCUGGGAUGUGUGGGGCACAGCAGUGCUGGGGCUCAGGGCUGUUCGAUGGCUAUUGGAGUUUACUGAGCUGGGAGCUCCCACCAGACAGUAAGCCCAGGGAGCUGGGAGAGUGUCACAUUCCCAGUCUCAUCACUGCCUAGCCUGGCACCAUCUGCCCAGUGGGAUUGACAAGUGCUGAUGAGCGGACAGUGGCUUGGUAGAGCCUCUUCCUGUCUUAGUCCUGUCGUUUAUGCCUCUCCUUCAUUGCCUAUGUCCAGAAUGAAUCAGCUGAGGCUGUUGCCAUCCCGUCUUGGGGCACAGGCUGUGAGGCUUCUGGCCGCACAUGAAGUCCCAGUGUUUGGCUGGCGCAGCAGGUCCUCCGGGCCACCGGCCACCCUCCCAAGCAGGAAAGAUGGAGGCAGCUCCAGUUACAUGGAGGAGAUGUACUUCGCCUGGUUGGAAAAUCCCCGGAGUGUCCACAAGCAGGUCUACAGUCUCAAGCCGGACCAAGACCAGCAAGUUAGUGGAGGACCACCUGGCCGUGCAGUCCCUGAUCCGGGCCUACCAGAUCCGUGGUCACCAUGUGGCCCAGCUGGACCCCCUGGGCAUUCUGGAUGCAGACCUGGACUCCUUUGUGCCCUCAGACUUGAUCACAACCAUUGAUAAACUGGCCUUCUAUGACCUGCAGGAGGCUGACCUUGAUAAGGAGUUCCAGCUGCCAACGACCACCUUCAUCGGGGGCUCUGAAAACACCCUCUCUCUGCGGGAGAUCAUUCGACGCCUGGAGAACACUUACUGCCAGCACAUUGGCCUGGAGUUCAUGUUCAUCAACGAUGUGGAGCAGUGCCAGUGGAUCCGGCAGAAGUUUGAGACCCCUGGUGUGAUGCAGUUCUCCAGCGAGGAGAAGCGGACACUGCUGGCCCGGCUGGUGCGCUCCAUGAGGUUUGAAGACUUCCUGGCCCGGAAGUGGUCCUCAGAGAAGCGGUUUGGCCUGGAGGGCUGUGAAGUGAUGAUUCCUGCCCUCAAGACCAUCAUCGACAAAUCCAGCGAGAUGGGGAUCGAGAAUGUCAUCUUGGGGAUGCCACACAGGGGCAGGCUGAACGUGCUGGCCAACGUGAUCCGCAAGGACCUGGAGCAGAUCUUCUGCCAGUUUGACCCCAAGCUGGAGGCGGCAGACGAGGGCUCCGGGGACGUCAAGUACCACCUGGGCAUGUACCACGAGAGGAUCAACCGUGUCACCAACCGGAACAUCACUCUGUCGCUGGUCGCCAACCCCUCCCACCUGGAGGCAGUGGACCCUGUGGUGCAGGGGAAGACAAAGGCAGAGCAGUUCUACCGUGGAGACGCCCAGGGCAAGAAGGUCAUGUCCAUCCUGGUUCAUGGGGACGCCGCCUUUGCCGGCCAGGGCGUGGUAUAUGAGACCUUCCACCUGAGCGACCUGCCCUCCUACACAACCAACGGUACCGUGCACGUCGUCGUCAACAACCAGAUUGGAUUCACCACAGACCCCCGAAUGGCCCGUUCCUCACCAUACCCCACCGACGUGGCCCGGGUGGUCAAUGCGCCCAUCUUCCACGUGAACGCCGAUGACCCAGAGGCUGUGAUAUAUGUGUGCAGUGUGGCAGCCGAAUGGAGAAACACUUUCAACAAAGAUGUUGUCGUGGACCUGGUCUGUUACCGCCGGCGCGGCCACAAUGAGAUGGACGAGCCCAUGUUCACCCAGCCGCUCAUGUACAAGCAGAUCCACAGACAGGUGCCUGUGCUGAAGAAGUACGCAGACAAGCUGAUUGCCGAGGGCACGGUCACCCUGCAGGAGUUUGAGGAAGAAAUUGCGAAAUACGACCGGAUCUGUGAGGAGGCUUAUGGCAGGUCCAAGGAUAAAAAGAUCCUGCAUAUAAAGCACUGGUUGGACUCCCCCUGGCCCGGCUUCUUCAACGUAGAUGGGGAACCCAAGAGCAUGACAUGCCCAGCCACGGGGAUCCCUGAGGAUGUGCUCACCCACAUCGGCAGCGUGGCCAGCUCUGUGCCCCUGGAGGACUUUAAGAUCCACACCGGCCUCUCUCGCAUUCUGCGGGGCCGGGCGGACAUGACCAAGAACCGGACGGUGGACUGGGCGUUGGCAGAGUACAUGGCCUUUGGCUCCCUGCUGAAGGAGGGCAUCCACGUGCGGCUCAGCGGGCAGGAUGUGGAGAGGGGCACGUUCAGUCACCGGCACCACGUUCUCCAUGACCAGGAGGUUGACCGCAGGACGUGUGUGCCUAUGAAUCAUCUCUGGCCUGACCAGGCCCCGUACACCGUGUGCAACAGCUCCCUCUCAGAGUACGGAGUCCUGGGCUUUGAGCUGGGCUAUGCCAUGGCCAGCCCCAAUGCCCUGGUCCUCUGGGAGGCCCAGUUUGGGGACUUCCACAACACGGCCCAGUGCAUCAUCGACCAGUUCAUCAGCACCGGCCAGGCCAAGUGGGUGCGGCAUAACGGCAUUGUGCUGCUGCUGCCCCAUGGCAUGGAAGGCAUGGGCCCAGAGCACUCGUCUGCGAGGCCCGAGAGGUUCCUGCAGAUGAGCAAUGAUGACUCGGAUGCCUACCCCGCAUUCACCAAGGACUUCGAGGUGAGUCAGCUCUAUGACUGCAACUGGAUCGUGGUCAACUGCUCCACACCAGCCAACUACUUCCACGUGCUGCGCCGGCAGAUCCUGCUGCCUUUCCGCAAGCCACUGAUUAUCUUCACACCUAAAUCUCUGCUGAGGCACCCAGAGGCCAAGUCCAGCUUUGACCAAAUGGUAUCCGGGACCAGCUUCCAGCGGGUGAUUCCUGAAGAUGGGGCUGCAGCACAGGCCCCUGAGCAGGUGCAGCGGCUCAUCUUCUGCACGGGAAAGGUGUACUAUGACCUGGUGAAGGAGCGGAGCAGCCAGGGCCUGGAGGAGAAGGUGGCCAUCACGCGCCUGGAGCAGAUCUCUCCAUUCCCCUUUGACCUGAUCAAGCAGGAGGCAGAGAAGUACCCAGGUGCGGAGCUGGCCUGGUGUCAGGAGGAGCACAAGAACAUGGGCUACUAUGACUACAUCAGCCCACGCUUCAUGACCAUCCUGAGGCGCACGCGGCCCAUAUGGUAUGUCGGCCGGGACCCAGCGGCUGCACCAGCCACAGGAAACAGGAACACUCACUUGGUGUCACUGAAGAAGUUUCUGGAUACUGCCUUCAAUCUUCAGGCCUUUGAGGGCAAGACAUUUUAGAGCUGGGCAAGACCUGUGUAGGUCUCGCUGUGGGUCGGCUGGGGACCAAGGAGGUGAUGGAAAGGGGAGGGGUGGAACUCCUGCCCAGGAGAGGGGCUACGGGGCCCCAGGAUAAAACAGACUCACACAGUGACAGGACCAAAGAGCCAGCACUGCUGGCCUUGGUGUCAUGCCAGAAUCUACCAGGACUGAGGGAGCCAGAGAAGUCCUAUAGGCAGGCUGCUGUGCUGGCGCAUCCCCCAGCUGCUCCCAUCUUGCUGGAAUUUCUUGUGCGGCUUCUCCACCUGUGUCUCAAGACGGAUACCCUGAGACCUGUGUCUGUGGCUGCUCCCAUCCUGGCAGCCCUGGCUGCUGCUCGCCACACCCUCGCUCAUCUGUAGAUUCAAAGCGAUGUUCUCUUCUGUGCUCUUAGAAGUAGGGAGUUGAGCAGUGACUGCCAGGGGCAGUGACCUGCGGGGUGAUGUGUUUGCGCUCUGUUUUAUGGGGCAUUCUUGCAAGAUGUGUCGGCUUCUGUGUGAAAUGCAGCCACAGCUCAUGUGUACCAAAGUAGAAAACCAAAUCACAGAGAAAUAAAAACAUGCUUCAGAGAGA